AAGCUGUUUGAUCUGCAAAGCUUGAAUUCAAAUAUCCGCCACUUGCAAACCCUAAAACUCAAACGCCCAAAUUUCAAAACUUGCAUACUCCCGCUCCUCUCUCUCACUCUCCGACUCUUCCCCUGAUCCUCAAACGCUCCCCCGACGCGUCGUAAUGGGAGCCAACCACAGCCGAGAAGAUUUAGAGCUCUCCGACACUGAGUCCGACUCCGAAUCCCAGGAGACCACCCAUCAGGAAUCCGAAUCUGAAGACACCUUCGGCACCCCAUCAUCACAUCCCUCCGACCACAAACGCACCGACCCUCAAACGCCGUCGUCGCUCGAUGAAGUUGAGGCAAGGCUCAAAGCACUCAAACUCAAGUAUAACAAUAAAAAUGGCUCGAAUCUGAAGAAUGCGGUGAAGCUCUACCUCCACGUUGGCGGGCACACUGCGAAUUCCAAAUGGAUGGUGGCUGAGAAGCACGUUCCUUAUGCAUUUGUUAAGACGGCUUCCGAUGAUGAAGAAGAUGAUGAUUAUGAGAAUGAAGAAGGUUCUGACCCGAAUUCCUGGUGGGUUUUGAAAAUUGGGUCUAAAGUCAGGGCGAAGAUUGAUGAGAAUUUGCAACUGAAGGCGUUUAAGGAACAGAGGCGAGUGGAUUUCGUUGCCAACGGGGUUUGGGCGAUUAAGUUCUUCAGCCCAGAAGAGUGGGAUAGUUUUACUAAGACUUAUCAGGAGUGUUUGUUCGAGAAUACUUAUGGAUAUGAAGCUAAUGAUGAGAAUAAGCUGAAGGUUUACGGGAAGGAUUUUCUUGGGUGGGCGAACCCUGAGGCUGCUGAUGAUUCCAUGUGGGAGGAUGCAGAGGAGAAGUUGAUGAGGACUCCACCCACCAAAACUCCAUUAAAAGAAGGCCAUGAUUUGACUGAGGAGUUUGAGGAGGCUGCAACUAAUGGUAGUGCUAUACAGAGCUUAGCAUUGGGUGCUUUGGAUAAUAGUUUCUUGGUUAGUGAUUCAGGGAUUCAGGUUGUUAGGAAUUAUAAUCAUGGAAUUCAAGGGAAGGGCAUUUAUGUCAAGUUCGAUGAUGGGAAAUUGAGUGCGAGGAGAGGUGCUAAUGCCAGUUAUUCGACUCCCAGGAAGGCUUUGCUUAUGAAAGCUGAGACUAAUAUGCUUCUCAUGAGCCCUAUGAACGAAUCGAAACCACAUUCCAAGGGUUUGCAUCAGCUUGAUAUUGAAACUGGGAAAGUUGUGAGUGAGUGGAGGUUUGAGAAGGAUGGGGCUGAUAUUACGAUGAGAGAUAUCACAAAUGAUAGUAAAGGAGCUCAGAUGGACCCCUCAGGAUCAACUUUCUUGGGUUUGGACGACAAUAGGUUAUGUCGGUGGGAUAUGCGUGACCGCAGAGGAAUUGUUCAGAAUAUUGUGAAUGAGAGCACCCCUGUGUUGAACUGGACCCAGGGACAUCAGUUCUCCAGAGGAACUAAUUUUCAGUGUUUUGCAACCACUGGUGAUGGGUCGAUUGUGGUUGGGUCGCUUGAUGGAAAAAUUAGGUUGUACUCCACCAGUUCUAUGAGGCAGGCAAAGACUGCAUUUCCUGGACUUGGUUCACCUAUUACUCAUGUUGAUGUCACCUUCGACGGGAAAUGGAUUUUGGGGACUACUGAUACUUACUUGAUUCUCAUAUGCAGUCUGUUCACAGACAAAGAUGGAAAGACAAAGACUGGCUUUUCCGGGCGAAUGGGGAAUAGGAUUGCAGCUCCGAGAUUGUUAAAGCUGAAUCCUCUUGAUUCACAUAUGGCUGGAGCAAACAAGUUCCGCAAUGCUCAGUUCUCAUGGGUCACUGAGAACGGGAAGCAGGAGCGUCACCUGGUUGCCACUGUGGGCAAGUUCAGUGUUAUAUGGAAUUUCCAACAGGUGAAGGAUGGGUCUCAUGAAUGUUAUCAGAAUCAAGUGGGCUUGAAAAGCUGCUACUGCUACAAGAUAGUGCUGAAAGAUGACUCAAUUGUUGACAGUCGCUUCAUGCAUGAGAAAUUUGCAGUCAGUGACUCACCUGAAGCACCACUGGUGGUGGCGACCCCCAUGAAAGUUAGCUCCUUCAGCAUUUCUAGCAGGCGAUUGCACAUGUGAACAAAGUUACUUCUUCAUGUGCCACCUUAGGCUUAAAUGGUUAAUAUCGCGUAACUUAGUGGUACCUUAUAGAAUUCUUAUGUCAAUUCAGAGGAUUGACUUGUAUCUGCUGUUAUUUCGAACCAAAUUGACAGUGAUUGGUUGCACCUAGCAAUCUUAUUGUGUUAUUUGAUGGAUGGUCAAAUUAUGAACU